GCAUUUUCUGUAAGUACAGGGCUGCACAAUUAAACCACGUGUUAAAGGCGAUCGAUUUGGUUAAUGCUCUACUUUAGCGUAAUUUAUUUCCUGUUUUAAAUUGGAAAAUCGAAUAAACCAUAACUGACAUCUAAUUGUGACUGAAAAUGAAAAAUUAAGGAAUAGCGCUGGCACACCGUUCAUGUCAUCAUGAGGAAAAAGCAUGGGAGCGAUACUGCGGUGCAGGGAACAAACGAUAGUAGCGUGGUUAGCAAGCUGUCUGCGACGACACAGGGCUAUUUCCAUGACAGCUUCCUUAAAAGCUUUGUGUCCAAAGCCUCCCGUAGAGCUCCGCUCAUUAACAGAGGAUAUUAUGUGCGCUGGAAAGCUGUAGACCACAGUGUGAAGCAGUUUCUGCACAUAACUGAGCAGUGUCCCAAGAGACAGGUACUGUCUCUCGGUGCGGGGUUUGACUCGCUGUACUUCCGUCUGCAUGCAGAGGGAGCGUUGUCAGCAGCGGUGGUCUUCGAAGUGGAUUUCCCAGAAGUUGUGCAGCGUAAAGCCGCCUUGAUCAGCAACACUGAUCUCCUGAAAGAGUCACUGGGGGACUGGAGCCUCAGUCAGCCAGCAGACACUGUGUUAGUGUCCAGCAGUCAGUAUCGCUUACUGGGUGUCGACAUGCGGAGUGAGACGGAGAUGGAAGCGGCUCUGAGCCGGGCAGGCGUGGAGUGGAGCUGCCCAACACUAUUGCUGUCAGAAGUAGUAUUAACUUACAUGGACACGGAAAGGUCCGACGCCAUGAUCAGCUGGGCUGCGCGGCUCUUUCCGCAGUCGCUCUUUGUGAUGUACGAGCAGAUCUGCCCACAUGACCCCUUCGGGAGAGUGAUGCAGGACCACUUCCUGAAGCUGAACUCUGCCCUGCACGCGCUCAUUCGCUACCCGGACCCGGCUGCGCAGACAUUAAGGUUCUUGGACAGGGGCUGGGAGCAUUGUGUGUGUAUGGACAUGAACCACUUCUAUCUGGACUUGGUGCCAGAAAAGGAGAGGAACAGAGUGGAGAGUCUGGAGCCGUUUGAUGAGUUUGAAGAGUGGCAUCAGAAAUGUUCGCACUACUUCAUUCUCACUGCUUCCAAGGGCUGCCUGCCAAGCCGGUCACUUAUCGCUGCUCCGCUCGGUUCUCAGCUUCCGUGUGUGACCCCUGUGUGGAGGCCUGAAACCCUGAAGGUGCAGUUGUUGCAGGGGGGUCUUGAGGGGCCUGGCGUGAAGGGCGUUGGGAUGGCCUCUGCUGUGCUGGGCCCGGGGGUGCUGCUGCUUUUCGGAGGAGCUUCCAAAGCUGGUCGAGUGGAAGAAACUAAGCUGCUGAUCAGGGAACAGACUGGCUGGACGAGUGUUUGUGUGCAGGCCCAGAAAAACUGGGGCACCCGGAUGCAUCACACAGCCACAACAGUCCCAGGAUGGGGUGUGCUGGUGUUCGGUGGACGCUCUUCCCCACUUAAGCCUGUCUCCAGCGUUCUCAGACUGACAUAUGGCCCCUGUUCUCCUGCAGAUGUUCUAGGCAUCUCUGCGCCGGGGUGGCUUACUUUAAAGGCGCUAUCUUGUACUGGGACCGUGCCACUGGCCAGGUGGCGACACACGGCCACACUACUGCGUUACAAAGGGCAAGAAUUCCUGUUUGUGUUCGGAGGCCGAACAGAGACGGAGUCAGUGCUGGGAGAUGCUCACUUCCUCAGACUAGAAGAUCAGCACUGGACAGCGGUACCUGUAGAGGGCGCUAUGCCUGCAGCUCGACACUCUCAUUCAGCUUGUGCCCAUGAGGAAGGGGUGGUGAUUUGUGGUGGCCUGGGUCGAGGAGGGGUCCCUCUCGGAGACACAGUUUUACUGCAGUGUACAGCUUCAGGUUUCCACUGGAAAGAGCUGCUGGUACAGCCCCCCCUAGUGCCUAGGUAUUCUCAUUGUUCCCAUGCGAUUGGCCAGCGGCUCGUCUUAGUCGGAGGAGUUUGGCUGCAAGCAGACGGUGUGCCAGGAGUUGCAGUAAUUCACCUCACCACUGGUUGCAGUGUUGAAUAUCGACUAGACAUUUCUGAAGUUCCCUGGCCCCUCAUGUUGCAGUCUGUCUGUUCUGAGCCCGUGGAUGAAGAUGGAACAACGAUCAUGUUGAUUGGUGGAGGAGGGAACUGUUUCUCCUUUGGCACUCACCUGAACUCCCAACCAGUCACCUUGGAUAUAAAAGGUGUUCUCUGAGACAUGUGAGAAUGUACUAAUCAGUGGAUCAACUAGGGGAAAAAAGCCACUUGUUUAUCCUGUUACAGCUUGUUCCAAAAGUUAUGUGCCAUGUAUCUAAUUGAGUAUAUGCUAAACAUUUUAUCCCACAAAUGUCAUCUAUAUAAAUUAAAUGCCAAAAAGCAUUUUUUUAUAA